GCAAGCGCAGCGUGCCGCACACGCGCCGCCUCAAGGUGGACCCUCUGGUGCAGUUCGCGGUGCAGCAGACGGGCUUCAAGCGCGUGAAGCGCGGCUACAAGCCGCUGCGCGUGGAGAACCUCGUGCAGCACAUGCGGCCGCAGCGCGACCCCACCGACCCCUACUUCCCGUUCCAGUGGUACCUCAAGAACACGGGCCAGAACGGCGGCAAGGCCAAGCUCGACCUCAACGUGGAGGCGGCGUGGGCGCAGGGCUUCACGGGCAAGAACGUCACCACCGCCAUCAUGGACGACGGUGUCGACUACAUGCAUCCAGAUCUGAAGUACAACUAUAACGCCCGAGCAAGCUACGACUUCAGCAGUAACGACCCGUUUCCGUACCCUCGCUACACAGACGACUGGUUCAACAGCCACGGCACGCGCUGCGCAGGUGAAGUGGCGGCCGCUCGAGACAACGGCAUUUGCGGCGUGGGCGUCGCUUACGACUCCAAAAUUGCAGGGAUCCGCAUGCUGGACCAGCCCUACAUGACGGAUUUGAUCGAGGCGAACUCGAUGGGCCAUGAGCCCAACCUGAUCGACAUCUACAGCGCGUCGUGGGGGCCGACGGACGACGGCAAGACGGUGGACGGCCCGCGCAACGCCACCAUGCGCGCCAUCGUGCGCGGCGUCAACGAGGGCCGCAACGGCCUGGGCAACAUCUACGUGUGGGCGUCGGGCGACGGCGGCGAGGACGACGACUGCAACUGCGACGGCUACGCUGCCUCCAUGUGGACCAUCUCCAUCAACAGCGCCAUCAACGACGGCCAGAACGCGCACUACGACGAGAGCUGCUCCUCCACGCUCGCCUCCACCUUCAGCAACGGCGCCAAGGACCCCAACACCGGCGUCGCGACAACGGACCUCUACGGGAAGUGCACCACCACGCACUCGGGCACUUCGGCAGCCGCCCCCGAGGCCGCGGGGGUGUUCGCCCUGGCGCUCGAGGCCAAGUGA